CUGGGUGCAGUAGGCAGGAGAGAGCUGGAGCGGAGUGCAGGGGAUCAGAGGGAGGCUGAGCGGUGCGGGCGGCUCCCAGCCGCACAUCAAGACUGGGGCGCACUUGGGCACAGAGGGGCUGUUUCCUAACUGGGAUCCUCGGUGACGUAUGGCUGCCUGCUCCUUGGCAGCUGUCUUUAUAGACCAGUAGGCAGAGGGAAAUUGCCGCUGACGAGACUUUUACAUCUUGGAAGAGACUGUGAUCCACUGCAGUGAAGAACAGAGCCUCUCAAUCACGCGGUGUAAAUAAGAGACAGAGGGGAGUCCAAGAGAAAAGGAAGAGGAGGGGAGAGAAGUGUGUGUCGGGGGGAGUGGGAAAAAGCAUUUUUGGUGGAUGGUAUGAAGCCAGCCAUGGAAACUGCAGCCGAGGAAAAUACUGAACAAAGCCAAGAGAGAAAAGUGAACAGCAGAGCUGAAAUGGAAAUUGGCAGGUACCACUGGAUGUACCCAGGCUCAAAGAACCACCAGUACCAUCCUGUGCCAACCCUGGGGGACAGGGCUGGCCCCUUGAGCAGUCCAGGCUGCUUUGAGUGCUGCAUCAAGUGUCUGGGAGGAGUCCCCUAUGCCUCUCUGGUGGCCACCAUCCUCUGCUUCUCCGGGGUCGCCUUGUUCUGUGGCUGUGGGCAUGUGGCUCUCGCGGGCACUGUGGCCAUUCUGGAGCAGCACUUCUCCACCAACACCAGUGACCACGCCUUGCUGAGUGAGGUCAUACAGCUGAUGCAGUAUGUCAUCUACGGCAUUGCAUCCUUUUUCUUCUUGUAUGGGAUCAUUCUGUUGGCAGAAGGCUUUUACACCACAAGUGCCGUGAAAGAACUGCAUGGGGAGUUUAAGACCACUGCCUGUGGCCGGUGCAUCAGUGGAAUGUUUGUCUUCCUCACCUAUGUGUUGGGAGUGGCCUGGCUGGGCGUGUUUGGUUUCUCGGCGGUGCCUGUGUUUAUGUUCUACAACAUAUGGUCAACUUGUGAGGUCAUCAAGUCUCCCCAGACCAAUGGGACAGCUGGUGUGGAGCAGAUCUGUGUGGAUAUCCGGCAAUACGGUAUCAUUCCUUGGAAUGCUUUCCCAGGAAAAAUAUGUGGCUCUGCCCUGGAGAACAUCUGCAACACAAAUGAGUUCUACAUGUCCUACCACCUGUUCAUUGUGGCCUGUGCGGGAGCUGGUGCCACCGUCAUUGCCCUGAUCCACUUCCUCAUGAUACUGUCUUCUAACUGGGCUUACUUAAAGGAUGCCAGCACGAUGCAGGCUUACCGGGAUAUGAGAGCAAAGGAAGAGCAGGAACUGCAAGAUAUCCAGUCGCGGUCAAAAGAACAACUCAAUUCUUACACAUAAAUGUCUGCCAGAGUGUUUCCGCCGGCGAAUUUACAGCUCUGACAAGUCAUCAGACAGCUGCUCUGCAGCACAGCUGUGUACCCCACCAAACAAACUCAUGUAUAAGUGCAAACUAACACUUCACUGUCUGUCUCAAGCUGCUGGGAUGUGUUUCUAGGAAAACCUUCCAGUAGGUAAAUGUUUUUCUUUAGAACAGGUAUGGGAGGUUUUAUGCCAGCCAUUUUAAAAGGCAACACUUUGACAAAAUGAUUGUUCAUCCUUUUGAAAUUUGUGGCAUGGUCACGUUUACUGCUAGAGCAAUCACACCAAGACAGGCAAUGGGAAUACGGCAUAUUCCUUGAUAGGGACCCAGGAUGUGCCAGCAUCAAGGAAUGUGACCAUAGAUUCACAUAUGCCCUGUCCUCAAAUGAAGUUACGUAGGGACUAAGUAGAAUUGGUGUGAUGUUCCAUUUCUGACAGCUGACAUUUAUUACACUUUGGCUCAAAGAUAUUCUUACAAUUGACUUUUUAAACAUAAGCUGACUUACCCAUCCCCUAAGUCCAGGACACAUUACUUUCCUGAUCCAAUCAGAAACCUACUUUCCCAUAAUGCUGAACUAAGCACUAAUUCUACUACGCCUACCACCAAAGCUGGGUUCCGACUCACUGACAAGCUUUCCAGAAUCAACUUUAUAAUAGAUCUUAAUAAAAUGACUCAGUUGCUAUUAUUCUUGGGAAAUGUCAGCUCUGCCUUAAUGAGUCUUUGUUUUAAAUUUCUAAGAACAUAUUUUACAACAGAAAACCCAACAUCCUUCAUAGAAUUUUGUCCCACAUAUGGUUUUCUUAAGAAGUGUUACCUUAUUAAAAUGAUCACCAGUCUAAACCAUUUUUAUGUGGUCUGAAUAGCAAGUUUACAGUUUCCUACCAACGAUCUAAGACCUAAUUACAAAGAGACCACAGGCCUCCUACUUUUAUAGACUUGAAUACUUAAGUAAUUUAGAGUUGCUAUUUCAUUUUUUCUUAUCUACAUCUUUUAGUUUCCUGGAAUAAUAAAGUUCAAUGUUCAGCAAAAAAAAAAAACUGCUUGCAUUUAAGCCAUUUUCAAAAGAAACUUGCCUUCUAAACCAUUGUGUUCCAGAACAUUAAGUGAGUAUAGGUAUUGGGUAUUAGUGAUGGUAAGCUUUGUGUUGUUCUUUAUGAGAUGAUAUAUGUAACUGUUGGGCGUAUCAGUGCUUUUUAAAAGGGGCUGCGUAAUAUAGGGUUAACAAUGUAUAUUCUCAUGUUAAGAAUUAACUUGUGGUUCGCUGUUUCCUGGAUUUUAAAACAUGUACAUGUGCAGAAAUGUAUAAAAUGACAGGAAGCACAGCUUUGUCAAGAUGCUAUUAAACUUGAACAUUAAUAUUUCAUUUGGAUUCUUUCUGGUGUUGUUGUUAAUGCCUAAACAUGCCUAUUUGGAUCUUGAAUUUUUUGUUUUGAUUGGGAGAAGCUCUAUUCUGUGUAGACCAGUUGUUCUACAAUAGCUUGGUGUUUUGUUUUCCUGUUGCAUGAGAGACUUCAAUAUUUUUUCCAGCAGUGGAGGUGCUGUUAGAGUCCAGUGUUCUAGAAGAGGCAGUUGUCUAAAGGCUAAUUUUACUUCUCUAAUUCUGGUAGCUAUUACCAGGAAGUUUUGGAAGUUUUGUUUAAGUAGUCUAAUAUUUUUAUGUAAAGAGCAUUAAAUUUUGCUAUGUAUAAAUUUUUGUAACCUAACAGUGAAUCAAUAUUUUCUAUCAGUGCCAAGGGCUUCCUGUAGUUUAAGUGUUACAAUAAAUAUUUGUAGAUAAUAGUCAA